AUGGCAAAAUAUGCGGUAGAUUAUGCCUCAAAGCAAGAGAACUUACGAUCGCAAACAGAUGUGCGAACGUCGUUGGUUCAAUUCUACCGCCCGAUCAUUGCGAGCAAACCAGUGGAAAUGCAACUGCGUGAAGUAAGCCUAGGUAAAGCAUGGUCCACCUUACGUGUUGAAACAUUCCAAUUUGAGAAAGUCGCAGUGUCCGCAGAUAUUUGGCUCUGUAACUUCAAACUUCCGGGCAUCAGCCUCCAGACAGGCUGGCAGUUGAAUACCCGCCCCGUGAAUCUAUCGAUUCUCGAAAUGGACCUUGAUCCCGAAUGGACAUCAUACCAAACAGCAUUCCAUCGAAAUGGGUUUCGGCGCGCCCACUCCUACGUGAGAACUUUCAUACCAACUUCAUGGCCAUCCCAGAUAAAGUUCACAGAACAAUGGAUCUUACCCGGUUGGGACUGCCUCCCGCAAGGGUCCUGUGUGACUCAGAAAGAACAAGACAAAGCACGGUGGACAACAGAGAUGAUACAAUUUGCUAUAGAUAUGAGCUUUCCUGUCCAAGAGAAUUUCUUCCCACACACAGACCGACUACCGAUGGGCAGUAUUGCUGCUACUCUGGAAUUCGCAGAGGCGCAAAGAAAGGCUCGUGUGGAGGGAAAGCCGAAUUGGAGAGAACUGGAGCUAGACGGCUCAAUAAAACCUAUCACCCAAACUGUUCAUGUGACAUUGAGUAUGUCGACAGAGAUCAAGAGAAAUCUCCCACCUGAAGGUGUCCGAUGGCUUUACUUGCGCACUGAGGCUAAAAAUAUCACGAGUGGAAGGAUGGACCUGGAAAUCCUUCUUUGUGAUGAGAAUAUGGACUUGAUCGCCAUAAGUCAACAUGUUGCACAGAUCAUACCAUCCGCCCAGAAACACGAAAGGAGUCGGAAAGGCGCAAAGAUGUGA